UGGUCGCGCAGGCGCCGGGCGGUGAGCGGGACAAGAUGGCGCGGCUGUACGAGGAGUUCACGUUGUGUGGACUGCAGGCCGGUGGUGACGGCGGUGUGCGCGCCGUGGAGCCCGCCCGGACCGGCUGCGUCCUCGUCACCCGUGAGGAGCGGACAGUCACCGUGUACAAGGUGUCAGACCAAAAGCCUCUGGGAAGUUGGACAGUUAAGCAAACCCAAAAAAUCUCUUGCCCUGCAGUCUACAAUGACCAGACUGGAGAAUAUGUUGCAGUUCAUGAUCAUAAGGUUUUAUGGAUAUGGAAAGAUGAAGAUGCAAACCUGGAAAAAGCUUUCAAAGCAACAUUAACAGCUGAUGUCUACCGGAUACACACAUUGCCCAAAGCAGAACCUCUGGUGCUUUUUGAGCGAGGGAGUGUGAGACGACUUGAUGAUCUUCUGUCAGCUCCACAACAGGAACUUGAAAAUGUUCUGUCAAAAGAUGAAGUCAUCAGGUGGAGUGCUGGUUUACUGGAAGCCGGAAGUCCUCUUAUACUGUUUGUCACUGAAAAGGAUGGCAUAUUCCAACUAUAUACACAGAAGCUAAACCCCAAUGUUCAGCACGGAUAUAAGUUGGAUUUGGGAGAUGAGAUGGGUUAUCCUUUGAGCUUUGCACUUUCACUUGAAAAAGAGUGUACUGCCCUGAUGUGUUUAUAUUCCACAGGCUGUGUCUAUAAAAUCCAGCUGCCAUCAAACAGGGAUUCAGCUGAGGAGGAGUGGGUCCUGCCUCAAACGUUGUUGUUAAAACUGCCGGGCUGUGUGGAUUCUCUAAUCAGUGCUGCUCUUUUGGCCCUGGAUGAGAUACAUAUUGCUGUGUUAGGAGCUCCUCAAUCCCAUCAGUGCGCAGUCAAAGAUUCUUUAAGUAUAUGGAAUACAAGAUUCCAAACACUCCAGACAUGGAAGGAGCUCUCGGAGGGAACAUCUGGACAGUUGUGGUGUUACAAUGGGAAGCUUUUCAUUCCUCAUGGAAAGGCGUUGACUGUGAUCCCAUUUACAUGUGAAACAUCUUCCCUGGCAGCCGUCCUUGGAAAACUCAAACAACCAAGUGCUACGGUGAAACCUCUGUCCCCUGUUAUGAAUUGGAAUGCGAUGCUUCAAGACCAGCAGACUGGUGAACCGCAACUAACUGUUACGAUCAACCCUGCUGAAUCAACGCCCAGUCGAAAUCUGCGAAGCAGAAAACGUCAGAAUGUGAGCACCCAGUCGCAACCUCGCGCUCUGGAUCUGACGGAGAUUAAGACUGGUACAAAUGAGAAAAUAGAUGAGCAGCUGACACUGUUGCUAAGUAACCCGCUGGAAACCAAUGCACAGCUAAUGAUCGCACAGAUUGCUACCAUCUUGGUCAGCAGGUGUAUGGCACAGAACAAGUUCUAUCCCCAGAGUGUACUCGUGAAGCUUUUACAGACACGCGCACUUUCUUACAGCUUGUGUCCAGACGUGAUAGCAGUUGCCUUGGAUAAAGCAGACUAUUACCUGUUGCAGCUUUGCCUUCAACAGUUCCCUGAUAUCCCCGAGACUGUCCUUUGUGCCUGUUUAAAGUUCUUCCUCAGCGCCAGUGAAGCAGAUCUGGAAAAGGUCAUUGUGGAUUUGGGCAGUGUGGCUUCGUAUAUGGAAUUAGAUCAGAGUUCCUCGAAACCAGGACAGAACAUGGAGAUUGUAGAAAAUGGCUUCAGUUCAAUUCCCGUGGAAGAGGAGAGCAGCGAUGCUCCCGCUGAGAAACAAGCCCAGGGUUCUUGGGAGUUUGAUGUCAAUUCCGUGUGCCCGGUUGGUCCAAAAAAGGCAGCUCUGUUGAAUGAAAUUCUGCUGUCCUCGUACAGUGAAACCUUCCUUUUGCCUCCCCUCAAAGACCUUUCUGCUCCUCAAGUGAUGUUGUUUCUCCAGUACCUACAGUAUCUAUACCUGAAACAGUGUCAAACUGUCAAUACAGUGCUUCCAGGAGACAGGAUCCCCACAGUCAGUCAGGUCUUGGACUGGAUCAAUCUAUUGCUGGAUGCUCACUUCAUGGUGUUGGUAAUGAUGUCAGAGGCACACGGGUUGCUUGAUCAUUUUAACAGGUUCAUCAGAUCCCAGGUGAGGUUCUACUCUGAGUUAAACAAGAUUGAGGGAAGUCUACAGAAGCUCCAUCAGCUGCAACCACAAAACGAUGGACUGUAUUCCAUUGAAGUGAUAGAAAUUUUUUAGCUAUGUACAAACUUUUCAAAGAAAUGUAAUUUACUUGUUUUGAGUAUUUAUGGUGCGAAAAUUAACUUUCUUUUAUUACACUUGGAAUUAAAAUUCUACUUUGUGUA